UUCCGAGCGACACGGGGAACGACGCAUGCCCAAAGCCGCUUUACGGCCUCUGACUGUCGUGAGCCUUCGACGGAUCCUCCCUGCGUUGCUGGUUGCUCUGGGCAUGGCAUGGGUGUCAACCUCACCAACGCAACCAGCCCAUAUGGUCGUACAAGCUACUGUUGGUCACAAUCUCCUCCGGGCUCUCCAUGCCUGUCGUAUAUCCGCAUCCCUCGAGCCCGCCAUCAGAAGAUACGGCGCAUCGCACUUUCUUGGGCUUUCCCUACGGUCACCUCCACCCUCGAUUUUGCCACAAACUCGGGGUCAGAGGUCCUAGUCGCUUCCGCCACCGACAACGGCGGGUUACCAUCGUAUCCACGUCCUCCUGGGGCUGAUUCCCGCGCUCGUAAGGGUACUACUCGCGACGCUAUGAUGUUCCAACGGCGGUCGGGCAGAGUCACGAACGCGGCCACGGCGGGCGCUCUCAGGAACCGCUCCCGGGAGGGCAGAUUACGGUUUUUAGGUCGGGGCCGAUCGUGGCGGCGGCUCCAGCAAGACUGCGCGACAGCUGCCUCCUAUGUCUCAUAAGAGACCUCCCGCCCGAGUAUAAUAUGACAGGCGCGCUAUCGCCCGACCGCCUUCCCGCCCUCCUUGUCCCCGCCCGCCCACUCGUCCGCGUCGCACAUCUG